UCAGUUUGACAAGCAAAUCGAUUGUAUCCGCACCACCCAGGCUCGGAAACAAAUUUUUACACAGUGUUGGGUUAUUUUUCCGGAGCGUGAAGCCGCUCUGUCAUGUGAGAUAUUUUCCUUCCACCUUCGUCGUCAGCAGAGCAGCAGCCAUCCCAUCCGCAGCAAAUUUCCUUAGUAGUGAAAGAGAACGGCCGACGUGCGGAGUUGCACCAACAGCAGCAGCAGAUAGUGGAUAUAAUUUUUCCUCUGUUGAACAGUUUUUCAAUACCGCUGGCAAAAUGGCCCUGAGCGACGCAGAUGUCCAGAAACAGAUCAAGCACAUGAUGGCCUUCAUCGAGCAGGAGGCCAACGAGAAGGCGGAAGAAAUUGACGCCAAGGCCGAGGAGGAGUUCAACAUCGAGAAGGGCCGUCUUGUGCAGCAACAGCGCUUGAAGAUCAUGGAAUACUACGAAAAGAAGGAAAAACAGGUCGAGCUGCAAAAGAAGAUCCAAUCUUCAAACAUGCUCAACCAAGCCCGUCUGAAGGUUCUUAAGGUACGUGAAGACCAUGUAGGAAGCGUGCUCGAGGAAUGCAGACGUCGGCUGGGAGAGGUCACCCGCGACUCAAGCCGCUACGGUGAUAUCCUCUCCGCUCUCAUCACUCAGGGACUGCUGCAGCUCAUGGAAGCCAAUGUGGUUGUUCGUGGUCGCCAAGCUGACGCCCAGCUGAUCCAGAACAUCCUACCAUCGGCUGUGGAAGCCUACAAGAGUACCUCCGGUAAGGAUGUCGUUGUCACUCUUGACACGGACUUCUAUUUGCCUGCUGACUCUACCGGAGGAGUGGAACUUGUGACACAGUCGUCUCGCAUCAAGGUAUCCAACACUUUGGAGUCACGAUUGGAGUUGAUCGCCCAGCAGCUGAUACCCGAGAUCCGUAAUUCUCUGUUUGGACGUAACAUCAACCGCAAGUUCACUGAUUAAACAGCAGCAGCAGUCCUAUGUUCGCUUCACCUACAUACUUCAGCCACCGUCUUUAUUUCUAUCGUUUUCCCCCGUUUUGAAAGAUUUUCAGCUAACCUACAAUGAAAAAGAGAACAAAAAAUAAGCUAAUUGAGUCCAACAGCGAUGUCUCUCAGUCAUCACACCGAUUAUUUAAAGGUCAGUUCCACCAGGCGUGAAGCUUACAGUUUGUAUUUUUAAUUUUAUUGGUAGUCAAACCGCCCUCACACACUCCGGGUAGGCCGUUUAUUUUUCCAACGAAUUGUCACCUACUCAAAACCGUUUACUGCUAAAUAUCCUGGAAUAACAUCUGCUGGAAUAUUUUGGAAUUUUUGGACGGCUCACUCGAGGUGCUUUGUCGUUUGGUGCGAUUGCCAUCAGUUUUUUUUUCAUACUGGUGCCGAUUGUAGGUUUCUGCAAUUCUUUGUAUAUUUUUUUUUUGUUUCCAUAAGUUUGUUUUAUCCAAUUUUUUCAUGCAAUUAGUUUGUAUACAUUUGUUAUUUUUGUAAUUGAAAAUAUUUUAAUAGUGCUCUUAAAAGAAGUUAAAAUGUUGUUUAAAAGGGUAUUCAAUUACGGAAACCGUGUUCGCAUACAUGAUAAUGAAACAGAACUAUUGAGCGUUUUAGUAAUAAUACUAUUAAAGAAAAAUCAAGGUAAGAACAUUCCUUUUUCAGAUUGAAAUUUACUGCUGUCAGAUUAGAAACAAACGAUUUCUUUAUUUUGAAUUUUCUCUAAAACGAGAUUUCGGUUUGAUUAUGCUUCCAUCCCUUUGAUUCGUGACCAGUGAAUUUAUUGAACAUUUUGUCAUUUCAGUAGAUUUCAACCAGUUUUGAAAACAGACCAAUUUUUGAAAUUUUUGCCUCAGCAUCUUGCUUUACUUACACCAAAUUUCAAACCAAAUAGGUUAAUUGUAAACAAUUCAAAUCAUCAGAUAUUUGCUGCACGUUGAAGCAAUGGCAAAGUUUUGAAAGUUGGGCUAUUUUCUCAGAUAACCGUAAUAAGAUGUGUGUGUCGUUUUUAAAAAUCAUAUCGGUGUGCUCGUGUCGACCAACAACGCCACCUGUUGAAAAAAAAAUCAAUUAAAGGAUGGAACCGCACAAACAAUAAAAUCCACUUGAUCAAACCGAAUCUUCUCUUCAUGAUUUCUGCGUUUUUCUCGUUUUCUUCCUUCAAAAAAAUAACGGAGAAAUCAGUAUUGUUUCAACAAACACAGCUUCUAUCUAUUUCAGAUUUGAGUUAGGAAAAAGAAGAAGCAAACUUGUUUUUAAUCACGAAAUAAUUAGACUUAAUUUAAGAUAAAACUAGCAACAAGAAAAGUAUAUAAAGAUAAUAUAAUAUAUAGAUAUUGUUGUAACCGUAAUGAGCAUAGAUAUUAGUUAAAAUAUGAAACUUACAAUUGAACAAAAACAACACACUUGAUCAAUAAUACAUCAUAAAAAGUACGUAGCUUAACAAGACCUGGAGCUAUUCGUAGUUUGGGAGAUGCUUUCUGUGGAAUCUUAUCCAACACACAAAUUUACAUACUAGACACCACCCAUUCUGAACCAAACAUUUCUUGUAUAACCGAACGUCGUCGGUCGAUUUAGGUAUUUCCGUUUCUGUCACAGUAACACAAAUGUCUAAAUGUAUAACAAAGUAUGCCAACGAACGAAUCUGUAGAAACACCAUUCAGGUGAUUUAUCAAAAUUGUUGAUUCUUACAACUUGAAGUGAAAAUUACUCCCCACACAACAAAAUCGACCACCAUUCAGAAGAACAUCAUAUUUAAUCGAGCUAUUAUAUGAAGGGAUAAACCAGCUGUGUAAAACUAUGUAAUAGGACAAACAUCAGUAAAUAAAGAAAAUCAGUGGUAUGGGAUGAGCAACCAAUCGCGGCGA